AUGGCCGAUUCUACUCCUCCUGACACCCCUGAUAAGAAGCCUCAGUCUCCGACAGUCAAGCGGACUCCACCAAAGCUGAACAAGAAGAAGCCGGAGCCUGUUGAGCAAGAUAAGCCUGAAGAAAAGGAAGAAAAGGAAGCAAAGGUAGAAGACAAGUCGGAAGACAAGUCGGAAGACACACCAGAAGAAAAGGAAGACAAGCCAGAAGAGGAACAAGAAGACAAGCAAGAGCCACCACCUCAACCCGAAGCCCAACCGGAACCUGAACCAGAACCCGAACCUGAACCCCAACCCCAACCGGAAAGGGAACAGGUUGAACCUCGCCGCCGCAAACGACGCAGCCGGCCUAUGCAGCCCGCCCGCCACGACGACACCGAGACCGAAUCCAUCCCCCGCGACGACAUGGAGACCCAACAGCAGCAACUGGCCGAGAAGCCGCGCAACCGCCGCCGCAACCAGCGCCAAAGCCAGGCCAACGGCCCGCUCGACCAGCUCCCCGGCGUCGGCCAGGCAGGCGACCUCGUCCAGAACACAGCAGGCCAAGCCCUGAACGGCGUGACGGGGUCGGCGGGGAAAGCCGUCGGCGGCCUCCUGGGUGGGAACAAGGAAGACAAAGAAGAUGGGCGCGACGAGCAGCUGCGUCUCCGUCUGGAUCUGAACCUUGAUAUCGAGGUCCAGCUUAAGGCUAAGAUUCACGGCGAUCUCACCCUUGGACUGCUCGUUUUGGUCAUGGAUAUGUUAAUUUGA